UUUAGAAUGGAUCUGUUGUUCCUCAGCCGGCGAAUUUUCCUGGGCGAUGGCAGCCAAAACUCCCUGAUCCAUGGCGGUAUUAUUGUGGACACGGAGGGUAUUAUCCGGAAGGUGCUAUGUUCCCCGCAGGAGGUCAACACCUAUCUGUACAACACAGAGUCGGAAUCGGUUUUCGAUUUUGGUGACCUGGUACUGAUGCCGGGUCUAAUUGAUCCCAAUGUGCACAUCAACGAGCCGGGUCGAAAGGACUGGGAGGGUUUCGUGACGGCCACAAAGGCGGCGGCGGCCGGGGGCUUCACCACCAUCAUCGACCGACCCACCAAUGCCACACCGCCCACAGUGAGUGUGGCGGGUCUCAAGGCAAAGACGUCGACGGCCCGGGGUAAGAUCUACGUGGACGUGGGUUUCUGGGGCGGCCUCGUUCCCGGAAACGGGGAUCAGCUGGCUCCCCUGUUGGCCGCCGGUGUCAUGGGUCUGCAGUGCACUCUAUGCGGUUCCGCUUCGCCCGUAUCCCAGGAAUUUCCCGCCGUAAACGAAGCUCAGUUGGAGGAGGCCCUUUGCCGACUAGACAAGGAUCAGGAGGAAGGCGAAGCUCUCAUAGCGGUUCACGCCGAGCUGCCCCUGACCACCGAAAUCCAUGCCGACGAGGAGGCGCCGCGGGAGUACGGCACUUUCCUGGCCACCCGACCAGCCGACAUGGAGAUUUCGGCGACGCAGCUGCUCUGCCGGCUGGCCCGGCGCCACCCGGGGCGCUGCAUCCACAUCCUGAAUGCGAGCAGCGGCCAAUGUCUGCCGCUGGUGGAGGAGUGCCGCCGGCAGGGCGGGAACCUCUCGCUGGACACCUGCCCGCACUAUCUGGCCCUGGCGGCCGAGGAGGUGCCCGAGUGCGGGACGGAGUUCAAGACAUGGCCACCGAUUCGGGAGCGCCGCAACCAGGAGCACCUGUGGCCGGCUCUCCGGCUGGGCGGAGCCAUCCGGAUGAUUGGAAGCGAUCACUCGCCGGCAACGCCAGGCGCACGCGCCCUCACCUGCGGCAGGGGGCGUGGCAACUUCCUGAACGCCUGGCCGGGCAUCAACUCAGUGCAGCUCAGCCUGCCCGUCGUCUGGACGGCAGCCAAUCAGCGGGGAUCCACCUUGACUGUGGCCGACAUCCACCGGCUGAUGUGCCAGGAGCCGGCGAAGCUGUGCGGGCUGUCCGCCUCGAAGGGCCGCAUUGCCGAGGGCUACGACGCCGACUUCUGUGUGUGGAGUCCCGAAGAGGAGUUCACCGUGGGGCCGGAGCUGCUCUACACGGCCACCAAGGCCACCCCGUACGCGGGUCAGAGGUUGAGGGGCGUGGUGCAUGCGACUGUGGUGCGGGGCCUGCAUGUCUAUCAGCAGUUCGAGGGCUUCGGCCAGCCCUUGGGCAAGGUGCUACUCCGGCGGAGCGGCCGCAAGCUGGUCAAGUUCGUGAGCAUGUGACGGGGUAAACUUUGUUAAUUAAAAUCAUUAAGAGAUUGGGCUGUGCUCGUUGAUA